AUGACUCCUGCUGGACCAGUUUGUGCUUCAUGUAAACAAUUGGGUCAGAGCAGAAAAUCAAAUUUAUCCUGCCCUUUGAACCCAAGAAACAAGACUCUCUUGAUCCCCCGAAAGAGAACCAGCGAUAAUCUCUCUACCCAAGAAGAAUAUCAGACAGAGAGUAGUAGAGCUGGUGCUUCGAGACCAAGGGUGGAAACUGUUCAGAAUCCUGUGGUUCUUACCAUAGCAGAAAUCAUUGCUCUCUCCUGUGCUGACCAAUAUUCUGCAGAGAGUAGCCGAGAUCUAACUGCUGCUUUUGAGGCUUUGCAAGUUUCUGCUGUUGAGAGAGUCUUGGAUUUGACAACCACCACUGCCAUUACCACUGCCACUGUUAUUCCCCGCUGUUCCAGCUGUAAUGGAAUUGGCCACCUACGGAGUAACAGCUUGCAGUGUCCUAACAACAGACGGCACCACACUUUUGUCCCUGGCCAAUUUCUUCGAAAAAAGAUCAGACGGUACAACAGCACUAUAAGUUUCACUUCCAUGGGAGUCAACAUUGAUCAGUCUGUUGCUAACAAUAUUGGUGAUGCAUACAACUUCCGGAUCCAUGGGACCAUCUGCCACAAGACUGGGUCAGUCCUUCCAACGACCCAGACUCAGAUGGAUCAGCCCAAGUUUGCCCAGGUUUAUAUAUUUGACCCAGCCUCUCAGGUUGACCAUAGACAUUGCAAUGCCCCGGAAUUAGACAGGGUAAUCUUGGAAAAGAUUCAGGCCGUUCUCAUGGAAGUUAAUCCAUUUGUUUCCCUCUUCCGUUCUAUGCAUCAAGUUGCACGGGAUAAUGAUGGAACAGCCGACAUGACCUUUUGCCUGGCAGAGUCUGGCUCAGCAGACCAGCAACGGUACAAUACUCCCACUGUUGAGAAAGUGGCAGUGUUGAUGAGUGAUACUGAGCAUAAUGAGGCAAGAGACAUCAUUCUGCACACCCAGACAGACUAUCUCCACAAGAUCAAUGAGUACCACCACAACUAUGAUGCUUUGCAGUAUGUUCUACUCUUCCCUUCUGGUGAUUUUGGCUGGACCAUCAAUAGAUAUACUCCAACAAGAUCAAAGAUCUCCACCAUGGACUGGUACGCUAACCAUCUCAUGUACCAUCCCAACUUUAUGCACCUCCUCCACCGUUUUGGCUGCCUCUUUCAACAGUAUAUUGUUGAUAUGUAUGCCAAGAUUGAACAUAGCCGUCUUGGAUAUUAUGUCCUGAACCAAAAAAAGAUGUGUGCAGAACUUUACAGUAGUAUCCAGGAUGCAGUCCACCUCAAUGACAAUGAUAUGACAAAUCUUGGUUGGCCACAAGUAGCAUACCAUGUUGUCAUGGAAGCAGUUGACGCAAGCUCUACAACCCUAAGAUUGUAUUUUGUUAAUGGACCAGGUGGCACUGGAAAGAUCUUUUUAUUCAAUGCCAUGCUCAGAAAAGUCCAUCAACAAGGCAAGAUUGCUCUCGCGGUAGCUACCAGUGAAAUUGCAGCUCUGCUUUUGGAUGGUUCCGAGACUACCCGCUUUUAA